GCGCGUUUUGAUGCAGGGCUUAUUUUGCUAGCGCGGCGGCGGCUGCCAGGGGAACUGCUGGGGCCGUCGCGGCGCUGCCAUGGCGCGCUGCAGGCUGCCGGGACACCCGCGGCCCUAGGAAAGGGGCGUCGUGGGGCUGCGGCGUCCUGCGCUCCUGUUGGCUGGGGCGCGCUGUGAUCAGCUGUACUUCAUAGACUUAUGCCCUCAAGAUGAAGUUCUUACUGGCAGUUCUCUCUUUAGUUUUGUUGUCUUCCUGGAUUGAAGAAGCCUAUUCCAAAGAGAAAUCUUCAAAGAAAGGAAAGGGGAAAAAGAAGCAAUAUCUCUGUCCAUCCCAGCAAUCAGCUGAAGAUCUUGCAAGAGUACCUGUUAAUUCUACUAGCAAUACCUUGAAUAGGCUGUUGGUCAGUUAUGAUCCCAGGAUAAGACCAAAUUUCAAAGGAAUUCCAGUUGAUGUAACAGUCAACAUUUUCAUUAAUAGCUUUGGAUCAAUUCAAGAGACAACGAUGGAUUACAGAGUUAACAUCUUCCUAAGACAGAAGUGGAAUGACCCCAGACUUAAAUUGCCCAAUGACUGGAGGGGUUCAGAUACGUUGACUGUGGAUCCAACAAUGUUUAAAUGCCUGUGGAAGCCAGAUUUGUUCUUUGCAAAUGAAAAGAAUGCCAAUUUCCAUGAUGUCACUCAAGAAAAUAUUCUUCUAUUUAUAUUUCGGGAUGGAGAUGUUCUAGUCAGCAUGAGAUUAUCCGUUACUCUGUCAUGCCCUUUGGACUUGACCUUGUUUCCUAUGGAUACACAGCGUUGCAAGAUGCAAUUGGAGAGCUUUGGAUACACAACUGAUGAUUUACGAUUCAUCUGGCAAUCUGGAGAUCCUGUUCAGUUAGAAAAAAUUGCUUUGCCACAGUUUGAUAUUAAAAAAGAGGAUAUUGAAUAUGGUAACUGUACCAAAUAUUAUAAAGGCACAGGUUAUUACACUUGUGUAGAAGUAAUCUUCACUUUAAGAAGACAAGUUGGAUUUUACAUGAUGGGUGUUUAUGCUCCAACACUGCUAAUUGUUGUUCUGUCCUGGCUGUCAUUUUGGAUCAAUCCUGAUGCAAGUGCUGCAAGAGUGCCACUGGGCAUCUUCUCAGUGCUCAGCUUGGCAUCUGAAUGUACUACUCUUGCUGCAGAACUCCCCAAAGUGUCUUAUGUGAAGGCCUUAGAUGUCUGGCUGAUUGUUUGUCUUCUUUUCGGGUUUGCUUCAUUGGUUGAGUAUGCAGUGGUUCAGGUAAUGCUCAAUAAUCCGAAGAGAAUUGAAGCUGAAAAAGCAAAAAUUGCCAAGGCAGAACAAGCAGAAGGGAAAGGAAGCAAUGUAGCCAAAAAGAACACGGUAAAUGGCACAGGGACCCCUGUCCACAUUAGCACUUUACAGGUUGGUGAGACCAGAUGCAAAAAAGUUUGCACCUCGAAAUCUGAUCUGAGAUCCAAUGAUUUUAGCAUCGUUGGAAGCUUGCCGAGAGAUUUUGAAUUAUCAAAUUAUGACUGUUAUGGAAAGCCCAUUGAAGUCAAUAGUGGGCUCGGAAAAUCUCAAGCAAAGAAUAACAAGAAGCCACCUCCUCCUAAGCCUGUCAUUCCAUCAGCAGCAAAGCGAAUUGAUCUUUAUGCAAGAGCAUUAUUUCCUUUCUGUUUCUUGUUCUUCAAUGUCAUAUACUGGUCCAUAUAUUUAUGAUAAAUAUUUUAUAUUUUACAUAAAUGAAAAAAAUAUUUCUUUAUUCCCUUUCCCAAUCAUGAAAGCCAGUCUGUGAAAUUAUUUGCAUUUGCAAAGCAAUAUAUUGCAUUAAAGAUGCCAUGUGAUUGUAGUGAAAAUAUGGCAUCUUAAUUUUGAAUGAAAGCAUGACACUGCAAUGUCUGUGCUCAAACUGUUGUAUAUAAAUGUACAGCAUACAUCCUGCUUUAAGAAUAUAUGAAGGGUAAUGCAUAUCGUUAUUAAAGCAAAAUAAUUAUUUUCUGUUAUUAUUAAUAUACUGAUUUCUGAUAAUGAAACUGAUGUGCAUGUUGAGUAUAAGAUCAGUAUUCUAAUAUAUGUAGUAUCUAACAGCUUUUAUGACAGAGAAAAUCUUGUUCUUGUAUAAUUUUAGAUGGCACUGUUAAAGAACAAGCUUCAUUGUAAUUAAUAUUAUUUAGACUUUGUAAGUAAGUGGAGAAAGUAUUGACUAAACUGAUCUUGUCUAUGUGGAAAAAUAAAGAUCAGAUAAUUACUAAUUUUGUAAAAUUAGCUCAUUUAGAAAUAUUAAUUUUGCAUCCUUUAAGCAAACCCACAGCAAGAUUGUGAGGAAAAUAUGUUGACAGUAAAUAUUGCACCAAAUUUUGGUUGCCUUCUCCACAGGCACAAGAGAAAACCUGAAGGCAAAGAAAAAAUUGGGGCGAGAGGCUCUCUUUCCUAUUUCUAGAAUAAGCCACUACACCAAAUCUAUCAACCGUAAUAAAAGGACCAAUAUCUGAUUGUGAAUAACUCAGAAGCUAAGGCCUAUACAAAAAGUCUCCUUGUGCAGAGAUCAAAGAGCAGCGUGAAGUGUUUGACCAUACCAAUCCAUUUCUUAUGCUGCUGCUUGUUGAAGUCCUCAACAUACCAAGAGGGUGACAUUGGAGUUCUGAUGAGAAGGUGUUCUUUAUUUUCUAGACCUUAAUUUCCUAAUAAUUUAAUCCCGUAAGGGCUAUAAUAUUACAGUUUAAUUUUGGCUGUUGGAUUAAGUGUUCAGGUGAUAGUGAUGGCCUGUGCUAUACAAGAAAUUGGACUGGAUGAUUUGGUGGUUCCUCUUGGCCUUAAAUUCUUUGACCCAGUAACAUGACAUCAAUUAGGAUUACAAAAGUACACUACCUUAAUAUAUAUAUAAUACAAGAGUCAGUAUUCUGGUGCCUACUGUUGCAUUGUCUUUUGUGAAACUAAGAUAUAAAGUAAAACUAACAAUAAAGUGACAUUUUCUACUAUCUAAAGAAAUCAAAGAAGGUACAUGCAAUGUUGCACUCUCUAGGAGUUCACAAUGAGACUUUGCUUCAGCCCUAAUGCAGUAACAGAACUGUGACCUCCGGGAAAAUAUUUCCUCUUGGAAAACUAGGUUAUAGUUGUUAAUCAAAAUAUUAAAAUAAGGCAUUUCUCACUAACUGAGGGAUUUACAAAAUUCAUAUUAACUAGUCCCUCUCAAUAGAUAGAAAUGGUCUGUGAGGAAAAAAAAAUCUGAUUUUUUCCAGGUGAGUCAGUGCUCAGCUGAAAUGCAGUCUUUUAAGGAAAAGUAGUGUAUAAAACUUCCACAGAGCUAACCCUCUUGUUCAUCUGAGACAGGUUCAGUCAGGAUGGACAACAGGAAAAACAACACGACUUCCAUGUUGUAACUUGCUAUAUAUCCUUGUUCGCUUAAACUCAAAAUGCAUCUGAACCAGCAGAUCUCCAAUCUGCACAUAUAGGCCAAAAAAAUUAACAAGAGUUUAAGUGAGAACUCACAAACAAAAACAAGUGUUAACAAACAACGACCCAUCUGUAAAAAUAGGUGGAGUACUUUCAGGAUGCAAGGUCUAUGCCCCCAAUUUAGCACAGAAGUGAAUUAUAUGGAUAUAUUCUUUGAUUUUCAGCUUUUACAUUACUUGCAUUGGAAUUUGCAGAUUAUUGCUUCUAGAAUCAGAAAUUAUCAUAGAACCAUAGAACUAAAAGGGACCUACAGCAGUCAUAUAGUCCAGUCCCCUGCACUUAUGGCAGGACCACAUACUAUUUAGCCCAUCUCUAACAAGUGUGUGUCUAAAAUGCUAUUAAAAUAUUCAUUGUUGGGGAUUCCACAGUCUCCCUAUGCAACUUAUUCCAAUGCUUAAUCACGUUGAUAGGAAGUUUUACCUAUUGUCCAAUCGAAACCUCUCUUGCUGCAAUUUAAAUCCAUUGCUUCUUGUCUUAUCCACAGAGGAUAAGGAGAAUAAUUUUGCACCCUCCUCCUUGUAACAACCGUGUAAAUAUUUCUAAAUAUUCUAGACCUGCUACUAUUUCCCCUCUCAAACUUCUCUUUUCCAGAUUAAACAAACCCAAUUAUUUCAGUCUUCCCUCAUAGGUCAUGUGUUGGUCUUUUCCAAUUGGUCCACAUCUUUCCUGAAAUGUGGCAUCCAAAAAUGGACAUAAUACUCCAGAUGAGGCCAAAUCAAUGUGGAAUAGAGCAGAGGAAUUACUCUUCACAUCUUGAUUAAAACAAUCCUGCUAAUGCAUCCCAAAAAAACCUGAUUUUUGCUGUUGUUGUUGUUGCAACAGUGUUACACUG